UAUAAUGGAUAGGGGAUAGGUGUGAUUGGGUGGUUCUAUCAAACAUAUCGUUGUUCUUUUUUUGGAGCAGGAUCUAUAAAUGAGCCAAACAACGUCUCAGUUAAAGUGAAGCUGCUGGCUGUCCAAGAUAACUGACGGAGUGUUCCAUAAUCUUCAAGCAUGAGGCUGUAUCUAUUUGUAAUGCUUCUGUGUGCCUUUGCUCGGCAAUGCGCAUCAAACGGUUGUGAUGACAAACAUGCGGCCUGUUUAUAUUGGACUCGAAAAGGAGAGUGCAAAAGAAAUCCUACCUUUAUGGAAGAAUUUUGUUGCAAAUCUUGCAAUGCAGCCGAGCAGGACCUGAAUCAAAAUAUCGCAUUACACCAACCAACACGACAGAGUUCUACGGCUUGGGGCGGAUAUUCUAGUCUUGCAGUUGAUGGUAAUAGUAAUUCAGCGUAUUACGGGAAAUCGUGCACCCAUACUGGUCAUGACUCAUAUGCCUGGUGGAGCGUCGACCUUGGAUGUGCUACAAAAGUAUCCAUGGUUCGUAUUACUAACAGGGUCAACUCCUGGGAAAGGCUUGCAAAUUUUGAUGUGCGGCUUGGUAUGACUCCUGAUACACCAACAAGAUCUAAAAUCUGCAAAAGCUAUCAUGGUACAGUACCAUCGGAAGCAACAAUCGAUAUAAAGUGCAACAUGCCAACAGUUGGACGAUAUUUAUACGUGAUGUUAAGAGGAAAGGAUUAUCUCACUCUUUGCGAAGUUCAGGUCUUUAGCGGGUUUCCAAAGAGAGUCAACCUUGCUCUACAUCGACCAGCCAGACAGAGCUCGACCCACCAUUCUGAUAAUGUUGCCUCGAAGGCAGUUGAUGGCAGCAAACAGAAUGACUUUACCGAGAAGUCUUGCGCCGUGACAAAGCAGCAGAAAAAUUCUUGGUGGAGUGUCGAUCUUGGAAAAUCAUUUGACAUUGGCCUGAUAAGAAUAUCAAAUCGUAAAGAUGGCUGGGGACUUUCUAAUUUCAAAGUUUUGGUUGGUGAUGUGGAAGGUGGACCACUUUUCAAUUCAUUGUGUACCUAUUAUUAUGGCAAGGUUCCACUUGGUGCAAUUUUUGAGUUGACUUGCGAAAAGAAGACAAAGGGCCGAUACGUAUUCAUCACAAUGCCCGAAUAUUAUUAUAUGUCUAUUUGUGAAGUCGAAAUCUACUCUGACGUGCCAAAGGAUUACCAUGGAAAUCUGGCUCUUUACAAGCCUACAAUGCAGUCUUCAACAAAUAAAUAUUUUUACAGCACAUAUGCCACUGAUGGUAUUUUGCAUGGUACAAAAUUCUGCGCAUGGACAAAUUCUGAGGAAAACUCAUGGUGGGCAGUCGAUCUCGGUGCUCCUAAGGAGGUUAAAAUGGUUCGUCUUACAAACCCUGCGUCACCAUGGUACGGCCUUGUAGACUUUGAUAUCAGGGUUAACAACAGAUGUGGAAAUCCCAUCAACUCGCAACUGUGCAUAGCGUAUUUUGGCAAAAUUGCAUUUUCCUUAACACGAGACUUUAAAUGCAGAAAGUCGGUCAAUGGUCAAUAUGUUUAUGUACUCAGUCGACAAAAACGCCAACUUGGAAUAUGCGAGGUGGAAGUUUAUUCAACCGAGAGGGCGCCAGGGAUAAAACGCAAUGUGAUAUGUGAAAGGAAAUAGACAUGUCAGCAGCAGGACACCAUCACUGCAGGACAGCACUGACUUUAAAUUGGUUUUAUCCAAUUAACUUUUCUUUCUUGCAGUAGUGCAAAACAUGUUACAUGUUUUAUAGAUACUUUAUUCAUUAAGUACAAUGUAGUUUUUAAUUGGGAUAUAAUCACGAGCAUUGAAAAACA